AUGAGGAAAAAGCAGGAGAAGGAGCGGGAGCGAUCGAAGUUGGCACGGGUGCAUGCAGCGCGUCAAGAAGAAACUCAGAGAAAACAGCAAAAGCUUUCUGUCGCUAAUGACUUCGAUGCUUCUUCUCUGGGCAAAAGUAGUGACAUGGCUCCUCUUACUGUGAAAACUGAAGAGAGCCUCCAUGUGGAAGGAGAGCCCUGGGAAAGCCAAGAUCCGCUAGGUUCCGAGGAUGACCUUAAUGCCGAAGAAGUUCUGGAUCUGUUUCCAAUGUUGCCUUCGCCACCUAGAGAAAUUAUGGAGUCGCUGAAGGAAGAAUCGUUAUUUGGACUUGAAGACGACAUCGGAUUUGAUCCAAAUUCAAAGGUAAGCAAUUGUUGUAUCGUGACACCGUUAUAAUG